UAUACGACCUGUUGAAGGGCACGAUCUGGAUCAUCUGCAGUUACACUCUGCUGUACGUGGACACCAACAUGCUGUACCAUAUGAUUAAGAGCCAGUCGAUCAUUAAGCUGUACAUUUUCUACAACAUGCUUGAGGUCGGCGAUCGGUUGCUUUCUGCCUGCCCACCGGCAGGCGGCAGGCGGCAGGCGCCUGCCAGUGGGCAAGCGCCUGCCAGUGGGCAGGCGGCAGGCGGCAGGCGCCUGCCAGUGGCCAGACCUUUUCUGAUGCAAUUACGAUUUUUGAGCUGGUUUCUGCCUUAAUCGUUGUCUCAGUUUGCUCCAAACCACUGUUUUCCUUAUCUUUCUUUUUUGUUUUUUACGUUUCUCCUUCACCAUAUCAUUGGCUUCUGGUACAUUUCCUACGUUAUUGACGUCUUCCUUUUCUUCUACGGUUUCAGUAUGAUCCAAAAUAUUGUCUUCAGGCUGAUGGUUUCGUUGUUUUCGAUUCUCCUUCUUACAAGGGGUGCGUUUUUAAGAUCAAUCGGUGUGACUACCGCGAACUGAUCGGCAUGGUGGCCGACGAGCUGGAGCAAGCGCAUGAAUCAAUUUGUGAACCAAUUUCAAACAAGUGCCAGUUAGUCGGUUGGACAUGUUGGAAUCAGCCAUGGAAGCAACACUGUGUUGGUUUGCCUUAGCAUUGUGCUUUUCGGUUAAAAAGCGAAAAAAGAACGUGCGAAGAAGUUACAGUGUCGAGGAAAUGGCUUUUAAAUGGCAUCGUAUGCCUCCGCCUUUUUAUUGCGAUCACUAUAUAUUUUAUUUUUUAGUUGCCAAAGACGUGGCAGACUUUCGUAAAUUUUUAUAAAUUCAGUUAAACACUUUCGCGAACGUUGACGAAGCGUCCAAAAUAUAAAUAAGAGGCCAAAACAAAACAUCUACAAGUCUACCGACAAACUGGCACUUGUUUGAAGUUUGUUCAGAUUUGUAGAUCUGUGUCAGUGGCAUUAAUGACGUCUCCAAAGACGUCACUUACGCAGAUAUCGUUAUCGUUAUCGUAGCGUGUAGACCGGUCAUAAGUUUAGUUGAAAUCUUUUCACGUGAAACGUCAGAUCGAAACUCUCCACACAUUGGAGAGUCGCUUGGCAGUCACAUUUUGUCAACAAACCCACCAAGUUACACAAUAAAAUCAAGUAUCGUGAGUAAACCGGCUAUUCGGCGUUUGGUGGAUAGCAAUGUACAAAUACAAGGACCUCGCGAAACUUGGGACCACUUACUCGCGACGCAUGAAUUACUUAUCGAACCGGAUAUUCGGUGAGGUCGCGAGGCCAACGAAUUCACAGUCGAUGAAAGUGGUAAAGAUGUUCAGCGAAGAGCCGAUUCACCAGCGGGAUUACGUCGUCAACUGGUACCCGCGGCAUGUUGAAACCCAUCUGCUGGCGAUGAAGUUGCGCGAGUACGGUCUAUUCCGGGACGAGCAUCAGGACUUCAAGGAAGAGAUGAAACGGUUACGGGCCCUGCGUGGAAAGGCACCGCCGAAGAAGGGUGAAGGCAAGCGUGCGAAGAAGUAAUGGCCAUACAAUGUGUUGCCUUGUUUAGGGGUUAACUUUAUGCGUGGUGUAAUCAAUAAACAGUGGACACACAUAAACGUCUGUUACACAUC